CGUGGGCGAGUUGACGACGCCGCGGUGGAGCAAAACCAAACACGCCGACGACAUUGUCACUCGCAAGGUCGAGCCUAUGCCGACACAGGAGGAAGAAGAGAACGAUCCCGACAGCCCAUGGACCAUCGAAGCAGUAGACGGUGAAUCCUCUGGCAAGGAAGACCGGGUGCGUCGCGCUCUUGUUUUUGCUUUUCGUUUUCGCUGACCUAUACUUCCAGCAGUCGAUGGAGAUACCUCACCCUCAUCGCGGCCGAGUCUCUUUGACAGAGGAAAGCGGCGGCGAAGAGAUCUUAUACCCGCGGAAGCCCUUGUUGGAAUCCGCCCCGGAUCUGCCCACGGAGACGCCCACGACUCCUCGUGAUCACCCAACGAGCGUUCCGUCACAGCCAGAUCACUCGUCCGAGCCGGAUGCGCCCACCUCUCCUCCAAGUGCUUUCUCUACGCCUGGCGGGCGGCGCGCAAAAAAGCGAACAUCGGACGAGUUCGAGAUGGAUCAGGCCGGCACCCUCGUUUCCAAGCGGUCUUCUAUGUCUGCCUCAAAGGAGAAGAGCAAGGAGAUGGCUACAAGGCGGCAUCGGAGUCUUAAUAUUAGUGCUUCUUCCCGUGAGAAGGGGAGGGAGCGGAGAAGGGAGAGUUCUGGCACGUCUCUCAGCGGCAGCAGGCCUCUGAUCACUUCUGCGACGAGCCCGACCUUGUCAUCUGCAGCGAAGUCUCCCGACAGGCACGUUAGGCAGACUUCUUUGACGUCCUCCGGUUCCGAGGGUCAUCCACGCCGUAGGGUGCAUACCACGGACUACUCCCAUCUGCCUCCUUCGCCCUCAACAAACGCGAUCCAGCACUUCUUGCAGCAGCCGCAUACUUCUCCGCCUCUGACCCGGGAGCCGUCCCAGUCUCACUCGUCGCCCAACGUCGCGCACUCGCUUCUGCGCGGCACACAGGAAGGCUGGUCUGGCCUUGACGAUGAGGCGACGGCUGAGGCGCUGAGAAAGUUGGACGGCAUCUCGGGCAAGACGGCCCGUGCGCGGGCUAGUGUCGGCAGCUUCGGUCGCCCAGGGUCCAGCAGGCCGAGCACGCCGGGGAAGACCACGUCCCAAUGGGAAGGAGUCAGCAGCUCGGGCGAAAGUGUCAAGCGACGGUCAGGUGCCAAGGAGAAGGAGUCGCCCCAGCGAGCUGCGGCGGGCUCUGAGUUUGGGGAGCUCAUUGGAACCGCCACUAGCAGUGACGAGCACAAUCAUGCUACCUCGUCCUCCUCUGACCGGACGCCCAAGAAGGGCGCGCGUUCCAGCCUGUCGGCGAAGCGUGGGUCGACGUCCUCUACGAAUUACACUGGCACACCUAGCUCGAGGGAUUCGGCAUCCAUGUCUGCGACCACUAGCAUGACAUCCAUGUCCGCGACCUCCAGCCGCCACUCGUUCGGAAAGCUACGUCGCAACAGCGCUGGAAGCGACACUUCAAACCACUCCAGCGACGCGGUGUCUAUCAAGGAUCGCGUCGCGGCCUUGGCUAUCAACGGCGAGGCUGGAGAUGACAUCGAAGUGCCGCCUGUCCCUCCUUUGCCCAAGGACCUUUCGUCGUACAAGUCCCCACCGCCUUCCUCUGCUGGGCUGGUCUUCCCUUCGGUGCAGCACGACAGCGACAGCAGCCCUCGUCGCUCUAAUGAGGACGCUUCGCACCGUCGGCGCGCGAGCCAGCAGGUUCACUCUGCCGGCGAGGCGAGCGGCAGUGAUGUGCCUGCUGGGAAGACACCAUCCAAGAAAUGGAGCUUCUCUAGCGCACUCAACAUCAAGCUGUCGAACUCGCCUUCCUCGCCGACUGCCAAGAGCCCUCGCACCAUGUCUUUCGGGCAGCAGAUCAGGAAGUCGACGUCAAAGGAGCAGAGCCUUUCCCCUUCCAUGUCCAAUGCUCCUUCUUGGUCCCCUGUCCAGAACGAGGCCAUGACGUCUGCGUCUUCCCUUGCGUCCAUGUCAUCCCAGAGCUCCAUUCGCACGCCUGGCGGUCCCUCCACUUCGAAGACUCCCGAGCGUGGAACAGUGCCCAGCCGCUCGGGAACAGAGUCCAGCACGAGCACGAAUCAUGCCCCUCUGAGCCCCAGCUCCUCCGUGCGCCGCCACCAGUCGAAGCGCCUCACGCCAUCCUCGAUCCCCUUCUUCAGGAGGUCCUCGUCUCAGUCGAUGCAAAUGCCACCGCCUCCGCUGCCUUCGUCGCCUACGUCCACGCAACAUAAGGUGAGCAGCUCUCCACCUGAAGACUAUAACCCGCCAUCGACGUCGGCGCACAAGAAGAGCUCGAUGCUGAGUCUCGGUCUUCCAUCGUUGUUAAAGGGCUCGAGUUCGCGGAGGAGCUUACACAGUGAUUCGAAGGAGUCGGGGUCGGGGUCAGGCAGAGAACCGAGUCGAUCGAGGGACAGUGGCAAGGAAGCGAAGGCGGACAAGAAGAAGGACGAUAAGGAAGGUCGGAUCUCGGUGCUGAUGGGCCGGAAGCGUGGCAAGGUAACGCGCCUGUUGCCCCUUUGUCUUCUUUUGCUCACCCAGCGUUGACCCAGACACUGUCGUCCACCGACCCGCGCAAGCCCAAGGAACCGAUCGCGAUGCCGCCCAUGCAGGUCGCCGCUCUUGAGCCUGCUACGGCUCAGCGCGUUGCAC